AUGAGACGGUCGUUCUACGACUGGAGCGCCCGGCUGUGGGUGUGGCUGAGCUGCCUGCUGGCUGCCGUGCAAGGGACGUUUGUGACGAGGAACGCCCGGCCGAACAUCGUCCUACUCCUGGCGGACGACCUGGGGGUGGGCGAUCUGUGCUGCUAUGGUAAUGACACCGUGAGCACCCCGAACAUCGACCGCCUGGCCAAUGAGGGAGUGAUGCUAACGCAGCACCUGGCCACCGCCUCCGUGUGCACACCCAGUCGGGCUGCCUUCCUCACUGGCCGGUAUCCCAUCCGAUCAGGAAUGGCGUCUGACAGUAACCUGAACCGCGGCUUCCCUUGGCUGGGUGGCUCCGGGGGACUGCCCACCAACGAAACGACUUUUGCGGAGCUCCUUCAGCAUCGAGGGUACCGCACUGGCUUCAUAGGAAAAUGGCACCAAGGGCUGAGCUGUGCCUCUCGGAACGACCACUGCUACCACCCUCUCAACCACGGCUUUGACUACUUCUUCGGGAUGCCUUUGGGAUUCCUGAGUGACUGCCAGGCCUCCCAGACCCCGGAGCUGCACCGCUGGGUCCGGAUCAAGCUGUGGAUCUCCACAGCCGCCAUCGCCCUCAUUCCUCUCCUGCUCCUCGUUCCCAAGUACGCCGGCUGGUUCCCGGUCCCCUGCAAGGUCAUCAUCCCCCUGGGUCUUCUGGUCCUCUUGUUCUUCGUGUCCUGGUACUCCAGCUACGGGUUCGUGCGGCGUUGGAACUGCGUCCUGAUGAGAAACCACGACAUCGUCCAGCAGCCCAUGAAGGAAGGAAGGGCCACCUCCCUCAUGCUGAAGGAAGCGCUGGGAUUCAUCGACAGGUCUAAACGGGAGCCUUUCCUCCUCCUGUUUUCAUUUCUGCACGUCCACACGCCCCUCGUCACCAAGGAGAAGUUUGUAGGGCACAGCAAAUACGGACUGUACGGGGAUAAUGUAGAAGAAAUGGACUGGCUGGUGGGUCAAAUCCUCGAGGCCCUGGACCAGGAGCGUCUGACCAACCAGACCCUGGUGUACUUCACGUCCGACAACGGAGGCCGCCUGGAGUCCGUCCACGGGGCUGCCCAGCUGGGCGGCUGGAAUGGCGUCUACAAAGGUGGCCGAGGAAUGGGCGGAUGGGAAGGGGGUAUCCGUGUUCCUGGAAUCUUCCGGUGGCCAACCGUCCUGGAGCCUGGGAAAGUGAUCAACGAACCCACCAGCCUCAUGGACAUUUACCCCACACUCUCCUACGUCGGCGGAGGAAUCUUGCCCCAGGACAGAGUGAUUGACGGCCGGAACCUCAUGCCCCUGUUGGAAGGCAGGGUGUCGCACUCGGACCACGAGUUUCUCUUCCACUACUGCGGGGUCUACCUGCACGCGGUGAGGUGGCAUCAGAAAGAUUAGCAGAGGUGGUGGUGUGCUACGAUCUGGAAGGCUCAUUACGUGACCCCCAAAUUCUCUCCCGAGGGAGCCGGUGCGUGCUACGGAAGCGGAAUCUGUGCAUGCUCUGGCGAUGUCACGUACCACGACCCUCCACUGCUCUUCGACAUCUCCAGGGACCCUUCUGAAACCCAUCCGCUGAGCCCUGACAACGAAGCGCUAUUUAACUCAGUGGUCAAGAAAAUAGAGACAGCUAUUAAGGAGCAUCGUAAGACACUCACGCCAGUCCCCCAGCAGCUCUCGGUAUUCAACACCCUCUGGAAACCGUGGCUGCAGCCAUGCUGUGGCACCUUCCCCUUCUGUGGGUGUGAUAAAGAAGAUGACAUCCUCCCCACGGCUUCAUGA